GGGAGAUGUCUCAUUUUUAUGAGAAUUUCGCGGGCUACAAUCAUGUCUCAUUAACAAAGGUUUUGGUUAUUCUGUUAGAGUUUCUGAAAAACUGGUUUUCCAGAAAACCGGGUCUUAAAGAGUCGUCGGCCGAUAUCAUUUUAGGCUUUUUAUCUACUCGAGACUCCCUAUCGAAUGAUGUAUGAACGAGCGAAAUCGGAGCGGGGCACCUGGGAAUGUUCCCUCGUUAGGUGUGUAUCGAACAGUUGGUCUAUUUAAUCUCGAUCGUCAUCAUUGAGUGAUUGCUCUUGUACGCCUCUAACUCAUAAAUUAUAAUCGAUAUUAAGCGAUUCUCGAAUCAUUUUUUGUGUCAAGAUUUGUUCAUUAUUAUUGCUUAAUUGAGAUAGAUUAUUUGUCUUAAACGCAUGGUACUUAACCGAAGGAUAAUUCUACAGCACAUAACUAUUAUUAACAUAAUUAAUGUUGUUAUUCGAUGUUGUUUUCGACGUGUCUAUUCUGACGGAAAGCACAGCAUUUUGGAUUGAUUCAAUUUUUUUGUUCAAUAUCUUUCAUUAAGUUUUCAAAUAGUGAGUCUAAUUUGUUUUAGCGUUGAGAUAAAUCGCGAAACGUACGAAGUUCAUCCAAUAAUUUUAGCAUGUCGCACUUUUCAAAUAGCUCUAUUGUUGACAAUUCCAAUUUUGUUAUUAACAUCAGAGCACUAUAACCAUCAUCCAAGAUAUUCACAUGAUGUGUGUAAUAUCACAUAUGACAUAGAUUUGUUUUUUGUAUGAUUCAGCAUUGACGUCGUGUGCCACUGAAAUAUGACAAAUAUAGAACUUUUCCUACUGUCAGUUUUGCUCUAAAAGUAAGUACAACAGCAGUGUUUAAGCAAUAUGACAAAAAGCACGUUGUGGGCUUUAGAAACCACUACUUUCUCUUUGUUGUUGAAAUGUUUUAAGUAUAAUACUGAUAAUUUAAGAUUGAUUUUUAUUCAAAUUCACAAAAGUUACGUUAAAAAACAAAGUUCAAAGGUUCAAAGCACAUUUAGGUUUCAUGGCAAAAAAACAAGAUGGAUCUUCAUUUUUGAAGGUCCGUGAAAAUGAUGCGGUUAACAGGUCGUUAACUGACGGUUAAUCGAUCAUAAACGUCAUGUUUUUACACCGUUUUUACGUCGUUUAACUCGGGCCGUUUUACGAUCAAAUAACGAUCUGUUUCCAGUCUUAUUCACAGACGUUUUUCAUCGUUAAUGCAACGUUUAAUGAAUGUUGCAUUUAAAAGUUUUAUUUUUCACCAGCUAUGUCUAAAAUAUUGUUUGUGGCAUACUUUACUUUUUUGGGUUCUUAGUGUCAUUUCUAGUACCAAUCCUAGGAUCACACUACUCUUUUUUAGUAUUAAGCCCAAGACAAAUAGUCACCUCCUCUAAACAAGUUUCAUUGACUUGUAUAUACGAGGAAAGGAAAAUUCUAAGUUAUUCGAAGAAAGUCAGCGUUGCAUAUAUACUAGUAGUAAGCUAGCAAAGUAAAAAAGGUAAAUGGCUUCUCCGCAAAAUGGUCCGUACACUAUAUACAUCACAGAUUAUACCUGGUUAUAUCAGUUUUUAGACCAUUGAUUGACGUUCUCAAAACGGUCGGUUUACAGUGACAUUAAUGGACCGUUUCUAGGUCAUUUCUACCCCGUUAACGUGCAGUAGAUGACCGUUAACUGGCCGUUAAAGGACCGUUCCGGUUACAAAGUGUCGAUACACUUUAUUACUAGAAACACUGUUGAUUUGCUAUGAAGCUAACUCUAAAUCUCCAUUUGUCUACAAAAUAUCUUUUCUAUCAUUUUCAGAAGAUAAUUAAAAAAAACAACGAUGAUUAAAAAUGAUAUACAAAUUGUUUCUAGAAAUACAACAGGUCUAAAACGCCGACAACCAGUUUAUCAUUUACAAUCAGCUUCUUCAUCUGACGAGGACGAUUACGAGGAUGAUAUUGAUGACAGCAGUACCACAAAUAACAAGAUGGGAAACGACAAUUUCAUAGUCAGAACAACGCAACGUGUUCAGAAAAAUAAAGUAAAUAGUAAGAAAACUCGUGGACGUGUUAAAAUUAAUAUGGAAUUCAUCAAAAACAAAAUACGACGUUAUACAACAUUUAGUAAACGAAAAACUGGAAUCAUGAAAAAAGCUUAUGAAUUAGCAACAUUAACUGGUACACAAGUAAUGUUACUGGUCGCUAGUGAAACAGGACAUGUCUAUACAUUUGCCACAAGAAAAUUACAGCCAAUGAUCACAAGUGAAGCUGGUAAAGCUUUGAUACAGACAUGUUUGAAUAAUUCAUCGGAAGAAGAAGAUGCUGGUAGUGAUAAUUUAAAUACAAGAGAUGAAGUAGAUUAUGAAGAAGUUGAAUUAUUUUAUAAAACACCAUCAUCAUCGACAAGCACCGCAUUAUCCCACAACGACGUCAUUAUUAUUGAUCAACCUAUUAAAAAUCGAUCGAAUAAAGAGACGAAUGUGACUAAUGAUGUUCUAAACAACAUUCACACCGCUGAAAAAACUUCAAUAGUAAAUAUAUGUGAACGAGCACAACCAUCAGAGACUCCGUCAAUCAGUUUGCAGGCUAUACCAUCGCCAAAAGUUCGACGGUUUCGAAAACGCUUUAAAAAUGAUACGACCGAUUCUACUCCAUCGAUUCAAAAAACUAAUAAAAACGAAGCCAUCACUAUACCAGUAAUAGCACAAGAUUUGUCUUUACGAUCGGAUACUGAAAUUCAACAACAUCAUCCAGCAACAUUAACACUUCCAUAUCUGAUUGUUCAACCCCAACAAACAACUGUAUCAUCUCCUUACACAAUCGAUGUGAAUUUUUUGAAAAAUAACGAUAUAAACUUUGUUUUUGCUUCAUCAUCUUUACAAUCAAAUAUGAUAUCAUCGUCAAAUUCUUCGACGUCCAUUGAAACUCAAACGCACGACAGUUAA